CUAUUGACGUCCAAUCCUAUUUUAUGGAAAUUUAUUCUAAGGCUGAAAAGAGUAGUUUAGCAUUUUACCUAAAUGAAUGUAGACUCAAAAGUAUAAUCGAUAUGCUUAUUCACCACAUGAACAAAUAUUAUGAAAAGGCAUUAAAAGAGCCAGAUUCCAUGUCAGUCGAACAAAUAUGCGAAGUAGCCAAAUAUUGUAUUAUCAAUGCUCUUAGUUGCCAGUUGGCAAUUAAUGCGUAUAAAGAGGUGGCAUCUAUAGCCUUCUUAUCAUUAUUUGAUGCAUAUUAUUUUGCAGGAAGCAUAAAGGUUUACAAUCUUUUAAGUGCUAGUGCAUAA